CACCCAGGAGAAAUGGAACCAAAAUCUAUAUAAACCGUCGCGCGACCAACAAAUAGACGCUAUUAUCCCGCGAAACUUUGCGCAGUAAAUAGUGAUUUUAAUCGAAUUUCUCGCGGUCUCCAGCAAAAUGAUUUUGCCGAUAUUUCUGAUCUCCACCUUGGCGAUUAUCCCGCAAACCCUCGCAGCCUCAGUACCGGCCGUAGAAUCCGCCGAAAUUCCCACAGAAGCCAACGCGGAAACUUUCGACUCUUACGCAGUUCAACACCUGCCCCAGCAACUCCCACUUACCAUCCAACUGCCCAAAGAAACCCCACCAGCUUCUCCUUUCUAUCCUCCACAACCCGCUCCGUACCUUACCGCUCCUCAAUACGACUCUAAUGAGCAACCUAAUUUGUAUAGGGUACCUGUGCCAUCUGAGUACCUUACAGCGCCCACGGAAGACGAAUGGAACCCUAAUAAUGACCCUGAAUUGUUCUAUUAUGAAUUGCCUGCUUCUAUAACCAAGAAUACCAUUCCUACUAAUUUGUAUCCCAAGAAGUAUAAUAAGGAGGUUCAUAGUAAAGGAAAACCUCUCUCCGCUGUACCCAAGAAAGAAAUCGAACUGGAACCAAUAAACGAAUCCGAAUUAUCUCAAAAGCAAAAGGACCUCUACAAAACAAUUGACAAUAUCAGUAAAAAACAGAACCAAAGGCUCGUGGAGCAAGAAAAACAGGUACCUAAAAGUCUUCUGAAAAACCAUAAGGGUGUCCUUCACAACCAACACACCAAACCGACAAUAAAAACGAAAACAAUUGUACCACCAUUGAGACCGACUACUACUAUUAAACCGAUACUUCACGGACAUUACUUAGAUUCUACAGAUGACUCGAGAUUACCGAGCACUUUCGGUAAAAACAGUUUGGACGAUAAUAACAAACCUAAUAAGGGGCGUGUAAGUGACUCUAUGGGAAUCCCCUCGAGUUACGGGGUCGAAAAUAAGGGAAAAGAUCGGUUAAUGUUUCAUAUGGCUGGUCAAGAUGGACCGAUGAGUUACAAAUGGGGUUACGAUACUGGAAAAGGGCCCAACAGGCAGUAUAGAUUUGAAGAGAGAGACAAAGAGGGAGUGGUCAAGGGUCAGUUUGGCUACUUCGACAAAGAAGGAAAGUUUAGGGUGAUGAACUACCGGGCUCACCCGGAGCAUGGUUACCAUAUGGAGCCUGCGCCUGAGAGUGAAGUUAGCGAAUAGGAUAGAAGUCUAUAAUAUUUUUUUUGUAUAAUCUUUAAGGUUUUUUAAAAAUAUUUUAGUCAGAUAUCAAUUAUUAUUUGGAGUAACUAAAAAAAUCCGCCAUUCGCUGACUUUGAUUUCAAGGCAUGUAUUUGGCUCUUGUAUAUAUAUUUAGUAUUUAGUAAACCAUUAUAAGUAUUAUUUUAAUUUAAAUUAAAAUAGCGUUUUAGCUAGUUUUAAAGUUUAUAUAUAUUUUGUAUCCAGUUAAAUAAAUAAAAUUUACAAUUUUUUUAUAAAUAUAUUUUAUAUUACAAUAAAA